AUUAUAAAGUCAACCCAGAAGUAAAAACCCAACCUGCACCUGGCCUACAACUUCGAUCGUUCAAGAUUUCAACUCAUUUCUUGUUCCAGUCAACAACCUGGUUCUCUCCACCCAACCCGAACCGAAACGGACCGUUUCCCGCCCCAGUCACAUCAACUAUAAAACAAAACCAGAGAGACGCAAAUUUUGAAGCUGGAAAUGGACCGACCCGAGAACACGCCGCACAUCUUUUCGGAGCAGGUCCUCGUCAGCGGCAACAUAACGCCGUUGACGCUCACCAGCGACGGCAGGCUGAGGUGGACGGAGGGAUGGCAACGGUGUUUGACGGUGAAGAAGGAUGUGCUCGGGUUCGCGACAGAGGGCCCGAAGAUCAGGAUAAGAGCGGUCGUGCAGGGCGGAGGUAAAAUCUGCAUGUUUGAGAGCAGUGGACGUCCGGUGAGGAAGGACUACGUGUUCGAGCCCUUGUCCGAGGACUCGCUUAGGCUCUGGUGCGAGAAGCUCCGUGAAUACAUUGACUCGCUUGGACGGCCUAAACGGCUAUUUGUGUUUGUGAACCCAUUUGGUGGAAAAAAAUAUGCGUCCAAGAUUUUUGUCGAUCAUGUGAAAGCUCUUUUGGAAGAUGCUGAUAUCCAAAUUACGUUGCAAGAAACCCAAUAUCAGCUUCACGCAAAAGAAGUUGCUAAUUCACUUGAUCUUUCCAAGUACGACGGCAUUGUUUGUGUUAGUGGGGAUGGAAUCUUGGUUGAGGUAGUUAAUGGGCUGCUCGAAAGAGAGGAUUGGGAUGUUGCAAUAAAGAUGCCUAUUGGAGUAGUUCCUGCAGGUACAGGAAAUGGCAUGGCAAAAUCCCUUAUGGAUUCAGUUGGUGAUCAUUGUACAGCACCUAAUGCUGUUCUUGCCAUCAUCCGAGGCCACAAGUGCUCACUGGAUGUAGCUACCAUUACACAAGGAGAAACCAAAAUUUUUAGUGUAUUGAUGCUCGCGUGGGGUCUGGUGGCGGAUAUCGAUAUUGAAUCGGAAAAGUAUAGGUGGAUGGGAAGUGCUCGUAUAAAUUUCUAUGCUUUUCAACGAAUUUUUCAUUUGAGGCAUUACAAUGGAUGCGUUUCUUUUGUGCCUGCACCUGGAUUUGAAGCUUUUGGAGAGUCAACCAAUUACCAGGGCAUAUCUACUGGCAAGCAAGCUAGCUGCAGUCCAAGUGAAGAGGAGCCUGUUAGGGUUCGACAUUAUGGUUAUCAAGGACCUAAUAUUGACUUGGAGAAUUUAGAUUGGAGAACUAUUAAUGGACCAUUUAUCUCAAUUUGGCUUCAUAAUGUACCUUGGGGGGGUGAAGACAUCAUGGCAGCCCCUGAUGCCAAGUUCUCGGAUGGUUAUCUGGACUUGAUUCUUAUUAAGGAUUGUCCACCGUUCUCCUUGCUAUCAUCAGUGAUGAUGAAAAUGAACACUGGAAAUCAUGUCAGAUCACCCUAUGUCACUUACCUCAAGGUGAAGGCAUUCAUCUUGGAGCCUGGUCUCCAAACUGACGACCCAACAAAGGAAGGGAUCAUAGACUUAGAUGGUGAGGUCCUGGCCAGAGGAAGAGGAACGUACAAGUGUGACCAGAAGGCACCGAUGGCCUAUGAUAAACUUCAAAUAACUGUGGAUCAAGGUUUAGUUACCCUAUUUUCUCCUAAAGUAUGAGAAAUGCUACAUAUACUCUCAAGUGCUUAUUACCAGAUGUGGCAGUAAAAAUAUUUACCAUUAAUAUAUUAUAUACAAAUUAACUCAUCGAAAAUUCAAUAAUGAUUUUUACUGCCAAGUUAGAAAGUAAGCUUUUGGAAGUGAAUAAUGAUACACUUACUCUUAAUUCCUUACACAAUUUUUUCACACUCGAGUGACUUUUAAAACCGCCAUUGAAUAUGAGAUAGAUUUUUAUUAGAUUUCAAUCCAAUAGUGGUUUUAAAAGCCACUUAUGGGUUUGAGAAAAUGGGUAUAAAGAAGUGGGAGUAAGUGUAGCAUUAUUCUUUGGAAGUAUAUGUAGCAUUUCUCUUUAAUAUUUUCAUGGAGUUCAUUUGACAGUCCACUGAUACUUUUUCAAAAGAAAUUUAUUGGGGAUUAUUUAUUUUGUUCUGCCUGUAUAGAACCCCAUAGCAUAUUUUGAGCAUGUGAUUGGAUCUGUAUCAUGAACAAUAUCAACUAGGCUGUAUGUCACUUGAGCUCACAUCAACGUUUGAGAUCACAUGAUCUCUCUAUCAAUUUCACAAAAGUAAUUACUGGUUGCCA